GAAUUUCCCCUGCACAUGCCGUCGGCCUCCCCCCCUGCAGCUCCGGUUUUAGCUGGAGAAUUAUGGUUCCCGAUCGUUCUGUCAAUUAGUACGUGAAUUGAGUGCUCAGUUUUAUGUGAAGUGAGGUAAGUAAAUUAUGGUAAAGCCCUUCGAUUUUAAAGCAUGUUUUAAAUUGUUUUUGAGAUGGUGGCAAGGUUCAAAUUGAUUUUAAAUUGAUUUUAUCAGCAUUUGAGUGUGGUUAAACUGGAAUGAAAAUUGUGAUGAUUUCUAUAAGAAUUUCACUAUUUUUCUGGAAUUGAGCAUGAAUGGAAUAAAAAUGAGGAUUUUAUUGAUUUUAUGGAAUUGAGCAUGAUUGGAAUGAAAAUGAGAAUUUCAUUGUUUUUCUGAAGUUGAGCAUGCCUAUUUGGAAAUUGACUGAACUGUUUUGAUGAACUGAGAGUUUUUGUAAAUUCUGAGUUUUCUGUUAAAUCCAUGCUCACAUGGAGAUUUUCCGGUUGUUUCUGAGAUUGGAGAUUGACUGUCCUGAUGAUCUGAAAGUGAUUGUGAAUUGUGAUUUUCUUAUGAACUUCUGCCUGUUUUGUCUCCGAUAUGGUCAUGUUAUUCGUGUGCCCGCUAAUGGGAGGUUUAUAAACGCUAGCACAUGUCGACAUGUUAUUGAUAGAACCGGUUCAUUUGAGUGACCCUACUAGUGGGGGUUAUACACCAGCAAAUCGUGUGCCCGCCAGUGGGAGGUUUAUAAACGCUGGCCGUGACCUAUAGAGGAGACGUCUAUUUCGUGCCCGCACUGUAUCUGUUUUCAUGAUUACACUUGUUGGCAUGCUAUGAGUUUAAUUGACGGUUUGUCAUUGAAUGCUUUGCAAGCGAACUGAAUCUGAUUUUGCAUUGACGGUUUUGUCAUUGAACGUUUUGCUAUUGAACCGAAUUUGAUUUCUGCAUUUACGGUUUAUCAGUGAAAAUUCUGUUAUACUUACAUGGUUUAUCUGGCAUGCUUAUAUUUUUACCCAGGGGCUAUCCAUAUUUACUUACUGAGUUAUCUCAUAGUUUUCCUUGUCCACCAUUUCCAUUUCAGGAAGUGAAACCGAGGACGGGGAAACCAAGGGGAGUGACGUGAUAAAAGGCUAGCCACUUGAGAUUUGACAUAGAUUUUAGAUACAUGUACACCACGCUCUUGUAAGUUAGAUUUUAAUUGGAAGUUUUAUGGUAUCAAAACUGAUUUUGUUCAGUAAGUUCCGAGCCUUGUGCAUUUGUGGGACCCGUCUCACGAGUGCACGGCGUCUGUCGCGCCUCGGAUUCGGGUUCUGGGGCGUGACAAUAUUAUUAAAAAAUAUUACUUAAA